AUGGGUGUCAACACCCGCAGACCCGUCCUUCCCGCCCCUACAGAAUCCCUCGUCGAUACCAACGGCAGCGCCACAGGCACAGAUCUGGCAACUGACAUUUCUCGCCGCACAGACAAGACGUCGUACUCGAUCCCGGACGACGGAAGCCCUGUAACGGUUUCUACCCGGCGCCAUCGGGACCGGGACGACAAGCUGUCUCAUUCACACCGCGACUCUCAAACUUCCCUCCUCAUCGAAUACUUCGAGGGAGGGAAGAACGCCAGUGGCAUCGUCUCUCGACCAAGUGUUCGAGUGCGAGUCACCCCCUCGGGUAGCAGGAAGUCCAAGUCCAAGGACAACGAUCACAUUCAGAUUACCGAAUCCGGAUCUAGUCGCAAGCCCUCAUAUACUCGUCGCAUCUCGCUCACAUCGCCCUCGUCCAAACCGAGGCAACUUACCGAAUCGAAUUUGGAUGACCAUACAGGUAGCGACAGCAAUUCUGCCGAGGAAGGUCAACGUCCGUCAUCACGACACUUGCCCGUCGAAAUCGAAUUGAUGAAUCGCGACCAGGGUAGCGAAGUGUCCGCCUUUUCGCGUGAUGCCCGUUACAUGCAAUCCGAGGUUUCGUCCAUGCCCGCGGACAGCAUGCUGGAUGGUCCCUCAUCCGCGGGUGUCCGCCGGAAACGCAGUCAGAGUAUGGAGCGUGGUGCCAAACGGGAAAGCAAGAAUUUACUGAAGACUCCUUCCCGACAACGCAGCCGAAGCUUAAGUCAUGAGCGUAUAGUAAACAGAGUUGCUGAGAAGCUUAACAGCUCACCCCAUGAGGUUUCUAGCAGCAGAAAGAGCAAAAGUAGAAGCAAGCAUGCGGCCAAGGAUUAUCUGGAAGCCGAACCGACGAAAUCAUCGUCGCGAAGGAGGCGGCAUGCGACAGGUGAAGAAGAAUACAUCCCGAGCCCGGAAUCCAGUCUGCUUAGCACAUCUGCCGUUUCUUCCAAUCGCAAGUCCGACGCUUACUCUGUUCGAUCCGGUGCCUCAAAAACUUCAAUCAACAACCCGAAACUCCUGGAAACAGUGGAAGAUGCGAUCCGACGAUUGAUUCUUCCGGAGCUGAAAGAGCUCAAGAAGGAUCAAAAAGUCAUGUCCAACACAUCCAAGUUUGACCGAGACAUGACAACUUCAUAUUCAUCCACCAGUUCUCGCGACGAACUGGGUCGCCGUCUGUCCAAACACGCAAGUGCGCCCGAUGUCAUGAAGCCGAAGGUUGUCCUGAACAAGAACAGCAAAGACGAGGGCAUUAUUCUGGCUGGCGAACCUGUUCCUCAAAACAAAGAUCGCAAGUUAAGCAAAAGCAGCGAGACCUCUGAUGCUGGGUGGGUGAAGUACAACCGACCGGACCUCACGGAACAAGAGAAGCUUCGCAGGCAAAAAAGCAAGGGACUCCGCGAUGCUCAUGCCGCAGCUCGAGUAGGAUCUGCUUUGACAUCGGCAUCUCUGAGGCAUCACGAUUCUCAGUCCAGUAUUGGUCAGAGAGAAGAACGGCGAGCCAGCGGCUCUCAGAGAAGUGUGGGGCCCGAGGUCUACAAUGAGACAGAGCUCGUCUUUCAAAAACACAACGUGCCCGCCAUGCCCAUGCACAGUGCAAUGGACUCUGAGUUGACUCGCACCUCAUUGCUCUCGGAGCGAUCAGAGAGCCCAGCUCCCCGCAAGAGACUCUCCCAGGCGGAAAUCUCUCGUGGUUCGCCGCGUCAAGUCGUCUCCCCGACUGCUCGUACCCCUACCCGGACCCCAUUGGACUCACGAUAUGAACUUGGCAUGCGCCAUGGCAAUCAGUCACAGCGUGACCUAUCCAUGCACAGUGCUUCCGACCGUGAUCUUCACGCUAAGAGCCAGUCGCCUGCAAGUGAUGGUGGUCACUGGGUUAUUGCCGCAGCUGCAGCCGCCAACCUGCUUGACGCUGCUCAACCAGAAACCCAUGAUUCAUUUAUCGAGCCAUACGAGACUGGUCGCCAACUCAGCCCCAUUCAGAGUGUGGCCAGCGAGCGUACCGAGACACAUGGCGAUCAUCAAUAUAUCAACCAGCACCAUUCCGAAGCCCAAAAGGAGAUCGAGCCCCGCCUUUCCAUUGAGUCCUUGUCUUCUGCUCCUAGCACCAACCUUGCUCGAUCCACUCGCCAGGGAAUCAGCCCUAGAAGUCAAAGUGGCUUCUCUCACCACGAUGAAGAGGGCAUUGAACUUGGAUAUGAGCAAUCCCGCCACGCUUACCCCGAGGAUGAUAUCUUCGGCCAUGAAGAAGAGUCCAAGCUAUCAUAUGGCCAAGAAGAUAGCGAGGUUGAUUUCAUGGAUCGAGUCAGGGAGGGCCAGCAUGUGACCCCUGCCAUUGCCGCCAAUCCGCAAUUUGUCCAAGCUAUGGGUAUCGAAUCAAAUGUCGCUUCUCUGAUGGACCCUUCAAUCUUGGAGACUCAGUCCUACCAGUCUGGCAGUCGCUCACAGACCGACCUCGCUCCACGAUCUAGAAGCCGAAGCCCCGAAAAGCCUGUUGUCAAUGAGGGAUACCGAGGAAGUCCCCUCAAGCAACGUCAAGACGCAUCCAGCCCUGAUGAAACUUCCUUCACACGUCGUAUGGGUGUCACCUCGCCCCCACAGAGCGUGACACAGUCAAUUGAUGACCUCGACGAGGCAGGCUUGGUGGCCGCAGCUGCUCGGGAUGUCGACCGUGAUUUAGGAAGUCCUCUUUCUGAUGUUGACCAACGCAGCCAGGAAUCUGAGUCUGAAAUCAACACAAACCCAUCCAUCAUCCAAGGCCCAAUCGGUGGCAUGGCUCAAGGAAACGGCGAGAACUGGGCAUAUGAUUCACGAUCCCCACCUGCUGGACAGGUCCCAUACUACGAAUCCAACCCGGCCGGAGCCAAGGACCUGAGUGGUCAGCCGCAUAAUCUCGAUGCAGAGUACUACGAAACCGCCAGAAACAUUUUCGGUGGCGAUGAGUAUUACCCUGACCAGCGUUCUCAGCAGUUGUUUGACACGCCACCCGGAGCUAAAGAUGAAGGAUAUGUCUCAGCUGCCAACCCUGUGUCCCCGAGCGUUGGCACUCCCAAGCAAGGAAGUCGAGGAGUCGGAGCUGCAGAUGCCUUUGAUGCCCCUGCUGAGGUGGAUGAAUUCUCUCCUGCUCACCAGCGUAACUUCAGUGGGUAUUCUCAUGGAGUUGGCUCGCCGCUCUAUGAUAGUGCUACUGGCCAUGGCAUUGAGAGGAUCAAGUCCAAGGACAUUGUUGCUCUUAUGGAUCAUCUUACUGUUCGAGAUGCUCAGCGCAAUGCCCGUGAUACUGAGAUGUUGGUUACUUUGGUCCGCAGUGCCGCUGAGAUGCGCACCUCUUUUGACGAGAUGAAGAAGUUCAUUGCCCAGCAAGACGAGGCGCUCCUUGAUUCUACCGAGAAACAGCAUGAGCGACUCAACCAAGUCCUCGGUGGCCCUCGGCCGUUGCCUCCAAGCGGGUCUCGUACUCGCCAAUUGAAUAUGGAGGACGACGAAGACCUGCAGUCUAAGCGCAAGAACAUUUUCAAGCGUGCCCUCAAGGGUCUGAGCUUGAAGUCUGGCAAUGAUUUGUCUAAGAUUGAAGGCAUGCUGGAGCAAUUGCUUGACGAAGUUGAAGCUCUGCGGGAAGGUCAGGGCGUGUCUAGCCCACGUGCGCCAGCUCGAGUGAGUGGUGAUGGGAACACCCUUGACAACAAUGGACAGAAUGCCAUCACCCAGGGUAGCUCCUCUCCUUACACUUCCAGUCCAGCCCCGCAAGCCAAUGCCGAUCCGCGAGUCAGCACGGUGCCUGAAGAAGAUGAGGACGAGGAUGAGCUUGAUGAAGCUGAUCCUUACAUGACUUCACACUUGCCUGUGCGAGACUUUGCCCGCCACGAAAGAGCUGGAUCUCUUCCCCUGAACACACCCCCUCGCAAGCCACUGGCCUCCGGAACUCGCAGCAAUGAGACCACCCCUAAGGCUUCUGCUGACAAGGCUGAAAAGUCUCGCAAGCACAAGUCAAGCAGUUCUUCUAUCUUCCCCAAGUUCUCUCGCUGGUCGAAGACAACUGCUUCUUCCAUGGGUGACAACAUCCGCAACAGCAUCCAACCCGGACGCAAGGAGCGACCUUACUCCGAGAAUCUUCUCGGUCGGGAUCUGAUCUUCCUCACGAUACCUACCAGAAGACCGGGCGAUGAUCGUCUCGGAUCCCCAUACGGGGACGAGCAAGAGAACCGGCCCCCAUCUCCUUUGGUGCCUUCUCAAGUCUCCGAGACCCCCAAGUACCGCGCCCACCGAGGAAGUCUCGAUCUCCAGCACCCUCAGCCUCGACCGGGUCCAACUGGACGCUUCCAGUCAGCACUGGAGACUCAGGCCCAAACCUACGCCACCCCCGGCUCCCCCAGCUCCGAGCGCUGGGGUUCCAACCCUAGCUUGCCACCCCUGCAGCCUCCCAACCAGAACCGCUUCAGCACUGGCAGCCGGCUCUCGCCAAUUUCCGACGCAGGCUACUCAGAGCACAGCUCUCGUGUAGCGGGCCCACCGCGUCCCCCUAAGCUCAAGGAUGAAGGCCCCCUGAUCCCCGAGCGACCCCCUAAGGUCCUCGAGGAUGAACAGGACCAAGCUUCCACUACCUAUGGCGAUCGUGUUACUUCACGGAGCUCCGCCAUCCGCUCCCCUCCUACCCGCAAACCAACAGGCCCUCGCCCCUUGACCUCCGCCGGCCCCUAUAGCCCCGGUAACGUCAAGCGCACCCGCUACCGAGGCAGUCCGAUGCAUGUCGACGAUGAGGAAGACUACUGA